GCAUUCAGACCAGGAUAAAGGAGAUGGAUCACUUAAAUACAUCCUUUCUGGAGAUGGAGCAGGAGACCUCUUCAUUAUCAAUGAAAACACUGGUGACAUCCAGGCCACAAAGAGACUAGACAGGGAAGAAAAGCCUGUAUACAUACUCCGUGCCCAGGCUAUAAACAGAAGGACUGGAAGACCAGUGGAACCAGAAUCUGAGUUCAUCAUUAAGAUCCAUGACAUCAAUGACAAUGAGCCAAUGUUUACAAAGGACGUUUACAAUGCCAGCAUUCCCGAAAUGUCAGAUGUUGGUACCUUUGUUGUGCAAGUCACUGCAACUGAUGCCGAUGAUCCUACAUAUGGGAACAGUGCUAAAGUUGUCUACAGCAUUCUCCAGGGACAACCAUAUUUCUCCGUCGAAUCUGAGACAGGCAUUAUUAAAACUGCUUUACUGAACAUGGAUCGUGAAAACAGGGAGCAAUACCAAGUGGUCAUCCAGGCUAAAGACAUGGGAGGCCAGAUGGGAGGACUAUCAGGGACCACCACCGUGAACAUCACACUGACUGAUGUCAACGACAAUCCACCUCGCUUCCCCCAGAGCACAUACCAGUUCAGAGCUCCUGAGUCAACACCGCUCGACUCCCCGGUCGGCAGGAUAAAAGCUAAUGAUGCUGAUGUGGAUGAAAAUGCAGAGAUUGAAUACAGCAUCACUGAGGGGGAUGGAUAUGACAUGUUUGGAAUUACCACGGACAAGGACACGCAGGAAGGAAUUAUAACUGUGAAAAAGGCACUGGAUUUUGAAAGCAAAAACUUGUAUAUUCUCAAAGUGGAAGCUACCAACACUCAUGUGGACCCUCGUUUCCUGUACUUGGGGCCGUUCAAGGACUCAGCUACAGUCAGAAUUCAGGUGGAGGAUGUAGAUGAGCCCCCCAUGUUCAGCAGACCAGCAUACAUAAUGGAAGUCAAAGAAGAUGUUCCAUUAAACAGUGUAAUAGGAACAGUAACUGCUCAGGAUCCAGAUGCUGCCAAGAAUCCUGUCAAGUACUCUGUAGAUCGCCACACUGAUAUGGACAGAGUAUUCAACAUCAAUUCAGGAAAUGGUUCGAUAUUCACUUCAAAACCCCUUGACCGGGAAACACUGCUGUGGCACAACAUUACAGUAAUAGCAGCAGAGAUCAACAACCCAAAACAAAGCAGCCGUGUCCCCGUGUUCAUUAAGGUCUUGGAUGUAAAUGACAACGCUCCAGAGUUUGCCAUGUUUUACGAGACCUUCGUCUGUGAAAACGCAAAGGCAGAACAGCUGAUACAAACAUUAAGUGCUGUUGAUAAAGAUGACUCUUACAAUGGACAUCAGUUUUCAUUCUCCUUAGCUCCUGAGGCAGCCAGCAGCUCAAACUUUACACUACAGGACAACAGAGACAACACAGCAGGGAUUUUCACACGAAAAACCAGAUAUAACCGGCACGAAACAAGUACCUACUUCUUGCCAGUGGUAAUAUCAGACAAUGAUUACCCCAUCCAGAGCAGCACUGAAACGGUGACUAUCCGAGUGUGUGCUUGUGACCAUCGAGGAAAGAUGCUGUCCUGUAAUGCAGAAGCCUUGAUUCAUCCUACUGGUCUUAGCACCGGGGCUCUUAUUGCCAUUCUUCUCUGCAUCAUUAUAUUACUCGUUACUGUGGUGCUGUUUGCAGCACUGAGACGGCAGCGGAAAAAAGAGCCUUUGAUAAUUUCCAAAGAAGACAUCAGAGACAACAUUGUCAGUUAUAAUGAUGAAGGUGGUGGAGAGGAAGACACCCAGGCGUUUGAUAUUGGCACGCUGAGGAAUCCCGAAGCCAUAGAUGAUAAUAAAUUACGCAGAGACAUUGUGCCAGAAACGCUUUUUCUGCCGCGGCGGACUGCAACAGCGCGAGAUAACACGGAUGUCAGAGAUUUCAUUAACCAAAGGUUAAAGGAAAAUGAUACAGAUCCAACAGCACCCCCGUAUGACUCAUUAGCAACCUACGCGUACGAAGGUAAUGGUUCUGUGGCCGAGUCCCUCAGCUCCUUGGAGUCGGUGACUACGGACGGAGAUCAGGACUACGAUUACCUCAGUGACUGGGGACCUCGGUUUAAAAAGCUGGCAGAUAUGUAUGGCUCAAUGGACAGUGACAAAGACUCUUAAUAUGUAGUCU